AGCUGCUGUUCAAAACAAAUCCAUGCAAAUAUCUUUCAAGUUACAAAGAAAAUUUACUUGUCUUUAAAAUGUCCGAAGAAAUUCUUUUUGAUUGCCUGCAUGCAGAGAUAGUGAACUAUUGCCUAGAUAGCAAUAAGGAGCACGACCUGGCCACAUUGGAGUAUAUAGGCUUCACCACAGGCUACCGCCUGAUUGAACGCCUCACUCGCGAAGUUUCGCGCUUCAAGGACGAGCUGGAGACCAUGAAGUUUAUCUGCACAGACUUCUGGACACUCAUCUACAAAAAGCAAGUGGACAACCUAAGGACAAACAAUCACGGCAUGUACGUGGUGCAAGACAAGGCGUUCCGCUUCUUGACACGCAUCUCACCGGGCACCAAGCAACUCGAGCACGCGCCCAAGUUUGUGGCCUUCACCUGUGGGUUAGUGCGUGGAGCCCUCAGCAAUCUGGGCAUCAACAGCACCGUGACUGCCGAAGUACAAAGCAUUCCCGCUUGCAAGUUUCACAUAGAAGUGAAUAGAAACUAAUUAGGUCUUAACGCAAUGGUUUAUUACUACAAUUAUAUAGUUACUACAGACUAGA